UGAUGCAGAGGUUUGCACUUAUAAUCGUGUCUGGGUGGAGAAUAUCGUCUGUUUUACCUGCAUUCCACUCUUGAUGCGUUGUUAUUAACGACGAUUGGCGCGGCGGAGUUUUAAGGUUCGUUUGACAAGGGGGUCAGAGGGAUACUUACUUACGGGGCUGUACGACAUUGUUUUGGUUGAGGGGUCUUUCCUUCCGUUGUAUGGAGUUAAACAGCGCGUGGAUCAAGUACGGGCGCGUAUACCAAGAAUCUUAAUGCGUUGGUAGGAGAGGCUAAUGGGUGCACACUUAUAUAAGUCACAAUGCAACCAGAUUCUAACGAGUAGUCUGCGGGAUUUAUCGAGCUGACCAGCAAAGAAGACGUAAAACGUAACAAAGGAGAAGCUAAUGGUUAUUGUGUUGGAGACAGUUGGGAGAUAUCUAAAAAAGGAGAAUCAACGAAUCGCGUAGAUUGUAGAACAGUUUACGAUGGAAAAACGACGUGUAUUAAUUUGGCUUCUACAUUUCCUUCAUCUCGCGGUGUUUUGUAAUUUAGUGACUGCCAAAAGUGAAUAUACAAGUCUGUUUGAACGGUGCGCCAACGAAAAGAACACCUUUGAUUGUUUUAAACGGCGUGCCUUAGAGAUCCUCGACUCGGCGAUUCAAGAUGAUUCUGUAUAUAAAGUCAAUGACUAUAUUUCAAUUACCAAAGAUCCGGCAUCUACCGCCAGAAGUCACAGCUCAAUGACAGCUGAUAAUGGCACGGAACUAAGUCUCGAUGAGAAAUUGGAUAACAAGUUUUAUGAGUAUUUAACAUCGAGAAGUGUGAAACUGACAAUACCAGGCAACGCUUUUGAAGGGAGAAAAAAGAAGAAUAAAGGUUUCGGAUACAUAAUAAUAGCAGGUGCCGUACUAGCAGGCAUGAUGGCGCAACUAGCUUAUGGAAAAAUUGCUUUCAUUGCUGGUACGGCUUUGCUGACAGCGAAAAUGGCUUUAGUUUUAAGUGCGAUAGUUGGGUUGAAGAAACUCGUAUCUAGUGGGGGAGGUGGUCAUGAAGUAAUCUAUGCGACAGCAUCGGAACAUCAUGGAGGUGGUGGCGGCGGAUUUGGCGGUGGAUACGGUGGCUGGCAACGUGCAAUGGAAGUUGUUCCUCCAACCUCGAGGAUCAUCCAGCUCGUGGGUGCGCGCAACUUUUCGUAUCUCCGACUAGUCACUUCGAAUUUCGAGUCGCGUGUCUCUCGCGUGAUUUCGAGGAUACGAGGUGUCUGUGAUUUAGUCCCAAAUUGCCCAAUCAAGCAUUCGCGAGUUGGAAAGCCAUCCGGAUCCAAAAUGUCGGCGAUUAUAUCGAUUAUAUCCAAGUGCGUGCUGCUCUUGUUAAUCUGCAGUGCAACUAUUCACGCCGAUGAGGACGAUGGAUUCCUCGAGCGAGGAUACCGUGCACUUUAUCGUGUCUACGAGGAAUGCGAGCAUCGCAAUAUGGCCGUGUCGCCGUGUUUGAAGAAGAAGGCGAUCGCCUUCUUCGAAAGACUCGGUCGUAUACAGACUUUACCAAUCAGCGAAAAUCUCGAGCUGAUCAAAGUCGCGUCCUCGACAGACAAUAGUUCGAAAAACAACUUCUCCGACUUGGAGAAGACUUUGGCUAGAACCAACGGAGGGGCCAUGGACGAAAUACUUAACGACAUUCUGUUCGAGCGUAUAGCCACGCUAAUGAACAGUUUCAACGUGCAGAUAAGCUUACCAAAGACAAGUUCCAGCGAAUUGAAACGAAGUAUCGAGGAAGGUCGUGGAAAGAUGAAGAAGAUGAUGGGCAUGAUGAUGAUGGGAAUGGCGAUGAAACUCGCCGCGUUAGUUCCCAUUGCCAUGGGCGUGCUUUUCCUUUUGGCCGGCAAGGCACUGAUCAUCAGCAAGAUCGCUUUGGUUCUGUCGCUGAUCAUCGGCCUGAAGAAGCUAUUGAGCCAAAAGCAGGGUGGUCAUGAUCAUGGUGGCUGGCAGCAAGGAGGUGGAUGGGACAGAAGUCUGAAGGGAGUUGUAGGCGCACCUGUAUUGACGGAAGCCGAUCGCGAGUACGCUCACACCUUAGCUUACAGCGCGCGGCUGAAGCAUUAAACAACUCACGGAAGAAAAGCAAUGGGAAAUCUUCAGGUAUUGGGAGGAAGCAACGCCUGUAUCCAAAGGAGCAGAUAAUACGCGAGUUCAGAGACAGUUCGAGAUAUCGAAAUCUAUAGAUUCGCCUACUUAUGUCUUAAGGAAAAUUUUAUCAUUCAUAAAAUCUCAUAUUCACGAGUACUGCAUAAAUUGUGAAGAAAAAAAGUGUAAAAACGGAAUGUAUCAGUGAUGUAAUGUCGGAAUAACAAAAUGUGAAAAAAAUGUAAAAGUUUUAGAGAUAUUAAAAGUAAAAAAGAAGAUUUAAAUGAACGAUCUGUCUCAUUCGUGUAAAUAUAUACAAGUCUGAUCGCUUUUUGAAUGAUCAUUGGUAUGGUAAUCAUAUCGUAAUUUUUUAUCUUUUAAAAAUUAACAGUUUUAUAAAUGACACAGCUAUUUGAUGCGAUGAUAUAAUAGAAAAGUUUUAUUAUACAUGGUGCGAAAAAGAAGCUAUUUCGCAUCUCUUGACAUUUUUUUUGUAAAGUAAGAAAGAAUUCAAACCGCAGCUGGAAUGUAAAUAACUGUGUCAAAAAGAUAUAAAACAAAAGAACUUGCAACGACAAGUGUUUGCAUUUCAUCUGUCAGCUGUCUUAGCAAAUCUGAAAUAAUAGCGAGACUGUAAUCUUGACGCACGCGAAUUUCUAACGGUGCUGAUUUCAAGUUUCUUGUCGGCAAUCAAAACGUGAUCAAUUUCGAGAUCGAGCGAAAAGAUAACAGACUUUAUUCUUUGAUUAGCCGAAUUUGCAGUCGUUUCUCAGUACACUUGCGAUUAUUUAUAUUAUUUAUUUGUAGUACCGCACUAAGGUAGGCGGCAAAAUAUGUUUAUUUUAGAUUUAUAACCUUAGAGAGAGUUUGGAAUGUGUAGCUUGCGACAAGUACUUACACAAAUAUCAAUUUAUGUUACUAAAACGUGUGUUCAGUAGAGUAAGCGUGACGACUAAAACACUUGAGUAUUAAAAUGUAGCAAAUAGGAAAUACUAAUUCCAUCUGUCAACGUUUAUUGUAAUAAUUAACUCAUAUAGGUAUAUUACAUUUUAAGAAACGUAACAUUUAUUUCGUAAUGAUCGUAAUACAUGCGGAUGAUUUCGCGUAGCGUUUUUCACUUGUGGUCUCUAAGAAAAAGUAAUUUGACUAAUUUCAUUAUUUAUAAACACACACUUGACGACGCGACGCAUUCUACAAGAUGUAUACGAGAUGUAUACGUUUGACUCCGAGAAGCGAUUAUAAAUUCGGCCUCAAGUGUUACUUUGUGAACACAGGCGUUCAAUACUUUCUCAAAGAUAACGACGAUUAGUUAUACAAGUUUAAUUUGAUUGUAAAUUAUUACGAAAUAAAGUCGUAUGUCAUUCUCA